AUGGCUGCCAGUAAGAGUAAGACCCAGAGUUCUCUGGCCUUGCACAAGGUCAUCAUGGUGGGGAGUGGUGGUGUGGGCAAGUCCGCCCUCACACUGCAGUUCAUGUAUGACGAGGUGAGAGCACGACACACAUACUUGUUAGGGCUGGGAAACCUCACGAUACGAUAUUAUCACGAUACUUAGGUGCCGAUACGAUAUGAUUUUAUUGCGAUUCGAUGUUCUAAACAUAUUGCUCACCAUAUGUCUGCUGCAGAAGGACAAGAGAGAACCAUGAGAAAACGAGUUUUGAUCAGUCAUGGAAAUAAGUGCUGAAAACAAAUUGGCUCCCUAUUUAAAAUGAAUAUGGAGAACAAGCUAUGAAGGAAAAAUACUAGCGUUUUGGUGCAGGUACAGCAAACUAGCGUAAAAAAUAAUAUUGCGAUAUUGUCAAAACGAUACGUUAUAUCGUCAAAAAUAAUAUCCCGAUAUUUAACUGUAUCGACUUUCCCUCAUCACUAAUACUUGUUCCUUUUUGUCAUAUGUUAAUGUUUCAAAGCUGUAUUGUGUAGAAGCUUAGUUUUCUAACUUGAUACACCUAAUCUUCUUGACGAUGCCUCCCAGCUUAUUUCCACAUUACACUCUGUGAAGUACUGUAGUGACUGAUGAAUCAUUCUGACAGUUCUGUGCUUCCUCCUCCUAGUUUGUGGAGGACUAUGAGCCCACCAAGGCAGACAGCUACAGGAAGAAGGUGGUGCUAGACGGAGAGGAGGUCCAGAUCGACAUCCUCGACACGGCUGGACAGGAGGACUAUGCUGCCAUCAGAGACAACUACUUCAGGAGCGGAGAGGGCUUUCUGCUAGUCUUCUCCAUCACAGAACACGAGUCCUUCACAGCUACUGCAGAGUUCAGGUUGGUCCCAUGACUAACUCCUCAUGUAUCCUAGCAUGGCAUUAAAGGCAGCCUAAUGUGAAUCAGACUGAACACUCACUAUGACAGUAAUGAAAGAAGACUUGGAAGCUAUGAUUUGCUUGCGUGUGUGUGUGUUUGCCUGCGAUAUAGACCUAUGUUUGAAAUAAUUUCCAUGACUUCUUGAUUGUAAGACCAUACACCUCUAUUCCCUUUUCCCUAUGUUUGUCCUUUGCACCUGACCUCAAUAGUUGCCUCUGGAUCCAGAUAAAGUAUUUGUAAUGCGUGUAAUGUGUGUGUUUUAGGGAGCAGAUACUGCGGGUGAAGGCGGAGGAGGAUAAGAUUCCUCUGUUGGUUGUGGGGAACAAGUCUGACUUGGAGGACCGCAGACAGGUCUCUGUAGACGAGGCCCGAGCCAAGGCAGAGGAGUGGGGGGUGCAGUAUGUAGAGACAUCAGCCAAGACACGAGCCAACGUCGACAAGGUACAGUCUGUGUGUGUGUGUGUGUGUGUGUGUGUGUGUGUGUGUGUGUGUGUGUGUGUGUGUAAUUACUGCAGACAAUUAUGUUCUAUAUGCCAUUUUCAAGGUGAUAAAGUGAUACAGAAAUAGUGGUGGACUAUCACUUUGAUAAUUGUCUGUUCAGGUAAAUGUGUGUGUUAACAUUGUUUAUUUUCAAUUCUCAAGGUAUUCUUUGACCUGAUGCGGGAGGUGCGAGGCAAGAAGAUGUCGGAAAACAAGGACAAAAACGGCAAGGGAAAGAACAAGAAUAAGAACAAGAAGAGCUUCAAAGAGCGAUGCUGUUUACUCUGA